AUGACUGAACUUAUCAAGCAUUUCACGCCGUUAUUAGAGCGUGAUCUUUGUGAUAUAGCAGAGAUUCCUGCAUGCAGAGUGGGAUAUACUGAAGAAUCGACUUUGUCAUUUGAUACACCCUAUAAUAGCAGUUAUCUGGAUGUCUGGUCUAUAGAAUGCUUACCUCAGGGGAAAUUCGGAAAGAGUGUGCUAAUGUGCUGUAUAUUAUCGAGUUAUUGCGAACGAAUGGUUAGCACUAUGGGAAGAGUAAAAACAGACUGGCGUAAUCGACUUGAAGAUCGACUGGAAGCGAAUCUCAGAAUCCAGGAAUGUGACUCGAUUGAUGAUUUCUGCCCAGACACAGCGAUCGAAUGGUUCAAUGUCAAAAUUCGACGACCGGAUUGUUCUAGGCAUAGCUAUCCAAAAAAACGCAAAACAAUCUCGUAA